AUGUCACUAAAUUUAACAAAAGCUGACUUAGAACGUAUUCCUGAGCAUAUAAAUUUCUCUAAAGAGGAAGAGAAUAUCCUGAAAUAUUGGAAUGAUGAGAAAGUCUUUGAAAACUGUUUAAAACAGUCGAAAGGAAAGCCAAGGUAUACUUUUUACGAUGGACCUCCCUUCGCUACUGGACUUCCUCAUUAUGGUCACAUUUUGGCAGGAACCAUUAAAGAUAUUGUCACCAGAUAUGCUCAUCAACAAGGCUAUCAUGUAGAACGACGAUUCGGAUGGGAUUGUCAUGGAUUGCCAGUUGAAUUCGAGAUCGAUAAGACAUUAGGAAUUAAAGGACCUGAUGAUGUCCAAAAAAUGGGAAUUGCUGCUUACAACAAUGAAUGUCGAAAAAUUGUCAUGAGAUAUUCAGAAGAUUGGGAGAAAAUUGUUGGCAGAUUAGGUCGUUGGAUAGAUUUCCGUAAUGACUACAAAACGCUCUAUCCUUGGUUCAUGGAAUCAGUUUGGUGGGUUUUCAAGCAACUUUAUGUUAAAGGAAUGGUCUAUCAAGGAGUAAAAGUCAUGCCUUACUCAACAGCAUGUACAACGCCACUUUCAAACUUUGAAUCUGGUCAGAAUUAUAAAGAUGUUCAAGAUCCAAUGGUGUUUGUAUCUAUGCCUCUUAUUGAUGAUAAGGAUAAAGCUGCAUUAAUUAUAUGGACAACAACACCUUGGACACUUCCAUCAAAUAUGGCUUGUUGUGUAAAUCCUGAUUUUAUUUAUAUAAAAUUAAAGGAAAAAGCAACUGGAAAUGUUUAUAUUAUUAUGGAAUCAAGACUUGAUUUUGUAUUCAAAAAUGCUGAUGCUGUCGACGUUCUUGAUAAAUUCCCUGGAUCUAAAUUGAAAGGACUUCGUUAUGAUCCACCAUUUGAUUAUUUUAAGAAGUAUGAAGAUGUAGCAUUUAGAGUUCUUUGUGACAAUUAUGUUACUGAAGGUUCUGGAAGUGGUAUUGUACAUCAAGCACCGUACUUUGGAGAAGACGAUUAUCGAGUCUGUGUAGAUCAUCAUGUCAUUAAACGUGAUCAAGAAAUUGUAUGUCCAUUAGACGCAAAUGGAAGAUUCACAAAGGAAGUUCAUGAUUUUGAAGGACAGUAUGUGAAAGAUGCUGACAAAAACAUCAUGAAAGUUUUGAAAGAAAGAGGUCGUUUAGUCAGAUCUGGAACUCAUGUUCAUAGUUAUCCAUUCUGUUGGCGAUCAGAUACUCCUUUAAUUUAUAAAGCUGUUCCUUCAUGGUUUGUUCGUGUUGAACAUAUGACCAAAAAUUUACUUGCUAGCUGUGCACAAACUUACUGGGUUCCUGAUAAUGUUAAGGAAAAGAGAUUCGGAAAUUGGCUGAAGGAAGCCAGAGAUUGGGCUAUAAGUCGUAAUCGUUAUUGGGGAACUCCAAUUCCUCUCUGGAUGUCACCAUCGGGUGAUGAAAUCGUCUGCAUUGGAUCUAUUGAAGAACUAGAGAAACUUUCUGGCAUUAAAAUUACAGAUUUACAUCGUGAAACUGUCGAUCCAAUUGAAAUUCCAUCAAAAAUCCCUGGAAAUCCUCCAUUAAGACGUGUUCCAGAAGUCUUUGAUUGCUGGUUUGAAUCAGGCUCUAUGCCUUAUGCUCAACAACAUUAUCCAUUUGAGAAUUCACAAGAUUUUAUCAAUAAUUUCCCAGCUGAUUUUAUUGCGGAAGGAAUUGAUCAAACUCGUGGAUGGUUCUACACACUUCUUGUAAUUUCUACAGCUCUUUUUGAUAAGCCACCAUUUAAGAAUUUAAUUGCUAAUGGUCUUGUCCUCGCUGCUGAUGGACAAAAGAUGUCAAAAAGAAAGCAAAACUAUCCAGAUCCAAUGCUUUUGAUCACAAAGUAUGGAGCUGAUGCUAUUCGUCUAUAUCUUAUUAAUUCUCCGGUUGUACGUGCUGAAAAUUUGAAAUUUAAGGAAGAAGGUGUUCGUGACAUAAUUAAGGAUGUCUUUCUUCCAUGGUUUAAUGCUUAUCGCUUCUUGUUCCAAAAUAUUGAUCGUUUAGAGAAGGAAGAAGGAAUUGUCUAUAAAUUUGACCUAAAACGUCAUCAAGGCGAUAAGAAUGAUAAUGUUAUGGAUGUUUGGAUUACAAGUUUUAAGGAAUCACUUCUUGAUUUUGUUUCUCGUGAGAUGAAGGCAUACAGAUUGUAUACAGUCGUUCCAAGAUUAACAAAAUUCAUUGAUCAAUUGACAAAUUGGUAUGUAAGAAUGAAUCGUCGUCGUUUGAAGGGAGAAGGUGGACUUAAAGAUUGUCAUUUUGCAUUGGAUACACUAUAUGAUGUUCUUGUUGCUAUGGUUAGAAUGAUGGCACCAUUUACGCCAUUCCUGACUGAAUACAUGUAUCAAAGAUUAAGGAUCUUGAAUGAUAAUUCUGGAAAUGGAAGUGUUCACUAUGAUAUGAUGCCACAGGCUAAUAUGUCAGCAAUUAAUGUCCCUAUUGAACGUGCUGUAUCGAGAAUGCAAGCUGUAGUCGAACUUGGACGUGUAAUGCGUGAUCGACGUACAGUUCCAAUAAAAUAUCCAUUAACGGAAGUUGUUAUCAUUCAUCAGACACAAGAAUAUCUUGAUGACAUUAAUACAUUACAAGAAUUCAUAACAAGUGAAUUAAAUGUUCGUACAAUUGUAUUGAGUCAAGAUAAGAAAAAGUACGGUGUAACUAUACGCGCGGAACCUGAUCAUAAAUUGCUUGGAAUUCGUCUUAAAGGCGAUGCAAAGGUUGUUGCUCAAAAGUUGAAGGAACUUCAAGAUAAUGAGAUCCAGGAACAGCUUAAACGUGGAUAUUUCGAAGUUGCUGGACAUAAAUUGGAUCUUAAUGAAGUUCGUAUAAUUUAUCAAUUUGGUGGGGAAAUGAGUGAAGCUGGAAAUGACUAUGAAGCACAUAGUGACAAUGAUGUCCUCGUUUUGCUCAAUAUGAAGCCAAAUCAGGAGCUUGUUGAUGAAGGAAUCGCGAGAGAAAUUAUCAAUCGAGUUCAAAAAUUGAAAAAGAAGGCAAAAUUGAUUCCAACAGAUCAAGUUAUCAUCACAUAUGAUGUAGCAAGUAAUAGUGAUAUUAACAGAAUCGCCAAAAGUCAUCAAAGUUUCAUUGAGAAUGUCAUCAAGUCAAAGUUUGUCCAGCAUGAUGUAAUAGCUGAUAAACGUGAAGUUUUAAUUGAAGAAACACAAGAAAUUAAGGAUGUCCAAUUAAGACUGAAAAUCACUUCAGUUAGUGAACGAUCAAUGCCUACAUUGCCUUGGAUUAAUGUCGCACUUUCUGAUGACAUUGAGGUUCGAUAUGUUGAGGACAGCACGAGACGAUCAGCGACAUUCAAUCUUGUUGAUUUUAAUGGAAAUUUGAUGACAUUGGAACAACUGAAGAAGGAAAUUGAAGGAGUUUUUGGAAUUUAUGGAACCAAAUACAGCGUGACAACAAAUAAUAAGGAAGUAGACAGUGUGACUAAAGAUUUAUCUGGCAAAACUUUAUUCGUAAAGAAAAGUGAAAAUAGCAAAAUUAGUUCUGAACUUCUCAACAAAACCUAUCCAUUUAGCAAAUUUACGAACAAAGAAGUCAACGGUAAGAGCGUGACAGUCUAUAUUGAAAAUCCAGCACAUUAA